AUGGGGGGCGGUCGGGCUGGGUGCCCGGGGGAAGGAGAGGGGAGGAAGGAGGGCUGGGAGGGGUCGGGACGGGUACGUAGGACGGGACAGGGAGAGGAGGAGAGCGGGGGUUCAGGAGGGGAGAGGGAGCGGGAUAAGGAGGAAGAAAAAGGAGAGACGGAGCGGAGAGUCGAGGUGUGCAGGCAGGGGAAGGACAGGGGAAGACCAGCCGCCCUGGGGCUCCGCGCACCUGCCCGGCCCCGCCCCGCGCACCUGAGCCGGCCCCGCCCGCCCCUGAGGCGGGGCCGCUCCCGGCCCGGGGCCGCCGCUCGGGGGCGCGGCCGGUGCCGCUUCUCCCCCCGGGUGACGGGAUUCUGCCGUUCCCCGUCCCGGCCUCUCCUGAGCUCGCACAGCCCCGUCCCGGUGUCACCCUCCGUGUCCCGAUGUCACCCUCCGUGUCCCGGCGCCGCGGGCGGAGAGCGGGAACCGCCGGCCCCGCGGUCCCGUCCCUCUCUGUCGGGCCCGGGGUCGCCGAACGGGCGCGGCGGCUCCGCGCAGGCACCGCAGAAAGGCUGGGAAGGCCCGGCCGGGGCCGCCCCCGCACGGUGUGCCCGGGCCCGCCGUGCCCGCAGCGGGGUCCCCGAGCACCGUCCGGGACCCGCCCAGGCCCGGGAACGGACACCGCGGCUCCCGCACCGCCUCCUGCCCCGGCACCUCCCCGCCCGCCCGGGAACGGCCCUGGGGCCUCCGGCACCCGAGACCGCGGCGGGGGCUGGGCCCGAGCCCCCAGAGGCCGGCCCCACGGGCCCGGAACGCCGCGCUCCCGGCUCGGCACCCACCGCCCAUCGGCACCGGGGAGAGGCCCCAGCGGUGUCCCGGCUCUGGGAAGAGCCUCGGCCGGAGCUCGGGCUCCGCUGCGGAGCCCCACGAGGGAGCGCCUGA